ACACACACAUACACACACAUCUCAGACAGUCCUCGCUAAAUGUGGCUGGUGGCAGCACCAAAACCGCUAAACUCAUCACACCUCAGUGUUUAGUCAUGGCAGUCAACCUACCUUACAUAUUUUCUCUCUCCAACUCUUGGAUUUAGCACUUAAUAUACAUCCUUGAUUCACUACGUACCGUUCAAUCUUGAGAUCUAGAGAGAGAAACACUACACGAUGGUACUGGAGCAUUCUUCUCACUCUACAUCUUCUCUCUCUAGCCUCACCUGUCAAGAAGUGGUAGAUGAAGACACCUUCAUCAACUUAACUAAUUACAACAUUUCAUCAAAUACAGAGGAAGAACACCAAUAUGUGCAAAUGUUGCUUGAAAGAGAGAUCAGUGCAGACUACAAAUCUUCAUACAUGAUUGGUGACUGGAUUAAAUGUGCUCGCUUAGAUGCAAUCACAUGGAUUCUCAAAACACGGGCAUUGUUUGGUUUUCGCUUCCAGACAGCUUUUUUAUCCGUUAAUUACUUCGAUCGCUUCCUUUCCAAGCGUGUGAUUGAAAACGAGAAACAUUGGGCGAUUCGAUUGCUGUCGGUGGCGUGUCUGUCGUUGGCGGCAAAGAUGGAGGAAGAAUGUACAGUUCCCGCGCUAUCGGAGUUUCCGGGAGAAGAUAACCGGUUUGAGAGCAAAGUGAUUCAGAGAAUGGAGCUUUUGGUGUUGAAUACAUUGGAAUGGAAGAUGGGUUCAGUGACUCCAUAUGCUUAUGUACAUUAUUUCAUCACAUCCAUCACUAAGUUGUGCAAGGACCGUCCACCAAGGAACAUUGUGUCCAGAACUGUGGAACUCAUUUUGGCUAUAAUGAGAGAUGUGAAUUUCAAGGACUAUCGACCGUCUGUCAUUGCCGUGGCUGCGGCAUUAGUUGCAUUGGAUCAAAAAUUAACAAGACAGACUUUGGAGUCUAAGAUCAAUGCCUUGUCUUUCAAUGGACUCCUUGAAAUUGUGAGUUCUUUGUAA